AUUCAUUUCGAAACAAGCGUGCAUCCCUCGCAGAGAAAUACAACAAAGGUUUUGCACCAAAUGCGGAGAUAAUUUAUUUACAAAAUAAAGCACAUUUAGCGUGAUUUACUAAACAUUCCAAGAACAACUACUAUGACGGACACUGAGGAAACACAGUCUGCUGCCAACACAACAUCGAUUACCUCCACAACGCCCAAUGACAAAGACGCAGCCAAAAUAUGUGUUUUGCUAAAUGCCACGGGAAAUGUGCCCAUCAUCAAGAAGCGCACGUGGACGGUGGAUCCCAACAAGACUGUUAGCUGGAUACAAAAGUUUAUACACAAAUAUCUAAAGCUUGAUCAAAAUGAGCAAAUCUUUCUGUAUGUGAAUCAAACAUUUGCGCCUGCUCCAGAUCAGAUCAUAAAGAAUCUAUAUGAUUGUCACGGCACCAAUGGAAAAUUGGUUCUUUACUAUUGCAAGAAUCAGGCGUGGGGCUAAAAUCGAUAUUUGGAUAACAUCAUUUUUAAGUAUUUAUUAUUUCUACUAUGCGUUAAUGUUUAUGUUAUUUAAUUGUAUGCAGUGAAAACCUUAUAAAUUUUCACAACUUUUAUUUUACGCCCCGUUGCAAGUCUCAUUAAACGACCAUAUUUGCAAAAUAAUAACAAAUAUAAUUUAAAUUAGUCGCCGC